AUGGCUCGUAGGGGCUUCGUGAGAGAGCUGCAGGUCUUGGGUGUACGUCCACCGUGCAUAUAUUCUUGCGCUCACCCCUCCUCACUAGCAGCAGCAGCAGCGGGAACAGCAGCAGCAGCAACAGCAGCAGCAGCAGCAGCAGCAAGAAGCCCGCGCACCUCCCAGUUCUUUCCGCAGCGUCGCGGCACUUGUUCGUCCGUGCACCAGCUGGUGAAGAUGACGAACAGUAGCAGCAGCAGCAGCAGCAGCAGCGGCAGCAGCAGCAGCAGCAGCAGCAGCACAGCUUCGGCGAGUGUUUUAGAAAUGCUGCGUAGACAGAUAGACGCGAAUUUGGCGCACCACAAACCUGGGGAAUGUCCUUUAACCAAAAAGGAAAUUUUGGAUUUGGGACAGCUCCAAAAAGAAAUCGAAUUUCAAGAAGACAUCCACGGAAAAGGCAUCAAAGUGGCUCACCUGUUUCACAACACAAGUCCGGCGAUCUUGUACGAAGAAGCUCUAAAACACGAGCCCAUGAGUUUUAUUUCAAACACUGGGGCUCUCUGCGUCUCCUCAGGACUGAAGACGGGCCGCUCGCCCGCAGACAAAAGAAUCGUCGAAGAGCCUUCAAGUUGUGACUCCAUUUGGUGGGGGAAAGUAAAUAUCAAAAUGAAAGAAAGGGCCUACUUGACCAACAGGGAGCGCGCCGUCGACUACCUCAACCUCCAGGACCAGUUGUACGUGGUGGACGGCUUCGCGGGCUGGGACUCAGCCCACAGAGUGAAGAUUCGCGUUAUAGCCAGCCGCGCCUACCACGCCCUGUUCAUGCAAAACAUGCUUGUCUUGCCUUCUCCGCAAGAACUCAGGGACUUUGAACCAGAUUUCACAAUCUAUAACGCUGGGUGUUUCCCCGCUAAUAGAUUCACUGAAGGGGUCACGAGCCAAACCUCGGUGGCUUUGCACCUGGGAAAGCGGGAAAUGGUAAUCUUGGGGACGCAGUAUGCGGGGGAAAUGAAAAAAGGAAUUUUGACUUUGAUGAUGUAUUUAAUGCCAAAGAAAGGACUUCUGCCUUUGCACUCUUCCUGCAACGUGGGGCCCCGCGGCGACGUCACGCUCUUCUUCGGGCUCAGCGGCACCGGAAAAACCACCCUCUCGGCUUCCCUUGGCCGCGAGCUGGUGGGCGACGACGAGCACUCGGCUUCCCUUGGCCGCGAGCUGGUGGGCGACGACGAGCACGUCUGGUCCGGCUCGGGGGUGUUCAACAUAGAGGGCGGCUGUUACGCGAAGUGUACUUCGGCUUCCCUUGGCCGCGAGCUGGUGGGCGACGACGAGCACGUCUGGUCCGGCUCGGGGGUGUUCAACAUAGAGGGCGGCUGUUACGCGAAGUGUACUUCGGCUUCCCUUGGCCGCGAGCUGGUGGGCGACGACGAGCACGUCUGGUCCGGCUCGGGGGUGUUCAACAUAGAGGGCGGCUGUUACGCGAAGUGUACUUCUGCUUCCCUUGGCCGCGAGCUGGUGGGCGACGACGAGCACGUCUGGUCCGGCUCGGGGGUGUUCAACAUAAAGGGCGGCUGUUACGCGAAGUGUACUGUGGACUAA